AUGUCUCAAACAGAGCAGAUCUUUCCAAUGCCGCCAACCACUGUCGUUAGAGUUGGCACGCCUCGACUCGACAAAUAUCAAAGACUCAUCGCGCGACUGUAUGAGGCAAUGGUACUUCUUUGGAUCGAACAGCCCAUCCAAGGUCCACAAGUGACCAUCAAACACGAUAAUAUAAGUUUGACCGCCUCUCGCCGCCGACUCACAACAGGGCUUGCCCACUACUGUGACUGGGACAAAGGCGGUAGAGCUACGACAUCAAUUGGUAUUGAAGACUCCGAAGAAAGUUCUGUUUUCUGGGUGGCAUCAAAUCAGGGGUUUGAGCAGGGUGAGUUUACUUUGGCACAUAGGACACCGACAUUCUUGAGACAAACAUUACAACGCCUUCAAGAUGUGACACGAGAGCCAGACCCCAGUGUAGGUUGGCUGGCUGAACAGGUGAACAAUCUGGCUAGGUCCUUUGCAGCCUUUGCAGCCCCUAGGAUUAGAAAGGAAGCAAGCCUACUAUCGAGGAUGGCAACGUUGUGCAUUGAUCACUUGAAUGGAUCCGUGACUCGCCGCGGUAACGUGGCUGAUACUGAAGCGAGAAGUCUAAAACUAUGGCUGCAACGAUUCCAAUACCGAGAAGUCCUCGGAGCCUACGAUAUAUGCAUGUCAGCUUACAUAUCUCGGAACGAUCCACAAAUGGAUACACUUCUACGACUAAGUCAAGAGGCUCUUGUUGACGAAGGCAGUGAAAUGCUAGCAACAGCCUCUUAUAAUACAAGGCAUUUUGUUGGAAGGCUCGCGGAUCAUAUCCGUGUUUCGAAGCAUCUUGUUGAGGACGCUCUGCGUGUGAGACAAGUUCUUGACGUAUUUCGAGUGUCUGAAGUCCCCGCCCCAUCGGGUGCACAGCCACCAGAAAUUGAUUCCCACACCAACCUGGACAGCAUACUGGGAAGAAUGGUUUCAAACGGGGAUGAAGACUUUUCUUAUCUCCAGAAAGACCUAUCCCGCUUCAAGAAUCAUGUUGGAUUAGAAGAUCGAGUCAAAGAGCAAUUCCUCAAGCUACAGUCGAAUCCCCCGAUAGUCCACUGCGAGGUUCAAGUUCUGGAGCAUUUUCACAGAAACGGAUUGCGCUUCACGGAUGACGACCACUUUAUUGGCACUAGCAAGUUUUCUUGUUUUUGCUGUAAGCUUUACUAUCGACAUCACCCCUCGAGGCCUGUUGAACCUGAUGCUCACGAACAGAUCUACCUCAACUGGGGGCCAAUCAAUCUAGCUCAGGGAUCUCACGACACAUUGUAUCGGGAAUUGAGAGACACACUUAACCCAGUUAUUCGUGAUGUUCGAGAUGCGUUUUUCAGAGCUAUAAGAAAGAAAAAUAUCUCAGUUUUCAAUCGUCCCAAUUCGAUUACUGGCUUGACUCGCUCGGUAGAUACUCUGGUUUUUGCUGACUCGGAUAGUGAAGCAGAUUCAGAGCAGGAAGGCGGAACGGCAUUAAGCAAUGCUUGA